AUGAGAAAUGCUAUCCAAUUGUCCAAAGAAGUUCGCAAUGCCCUCAAUCUCAAGAAACCGAUAGUCUCACUUGAGUCAACCAUCAUCUCACAUGGUCUCCCUUAUCCUCAAAAUCUCGAAAUGGCUAAAUCUGUAGAAGAGAUUUUACGAGAUUACAAAGUGACACCAGCAACUUGUGCAUUCAUCAAUGGAGUACCUCACGUUGGGUUGUCCACAUCACAAAUUCAACAAUUUGCUGAAUCUCCUCGACAUUUGAUUACAAAAGUGUCACGUCGUGAUAUUGGAUACGUAAUGGCCAAUAAGUUGAAUGGUGGAACAACAAUUGCCCUGACAAUGAUUUUAUCACAUUUGGCAGGUAUAAAGUUUUUUGCAACUGGUGGAUUAGGUGGUGUGCAUAGGGAUACACCGGGACAAUUUUCAAUGGAUAUAUCGGCCGAUUUGACGGAGUUGGGACGUACUCCAGUCAGUGUGAUUUGUGCUGGACCUAAAUCAAUUUUGGAUAUUGACAGGACAUUGGAGUUUUUGGAAACUCAAGGAGUGUUUGUUAGCACGUAUAACGAGGACAAGAAACCAGUUCCGGAGUUGAAAAUACCGGGAUUUUAUUGUCGAGAGUCCUCCGUUGCUUCGCCGUUUGCAUUUGAUACUUUUGCCAAUGCAGCGGAAAUCGUGCAUAGUCAAAGCUUGAUGGGUUUACAAUCGGGGAAUGUGUUUUGCAUACCACCACCGAAAGCUACUGCUUUGGACUCUGGAUUCAUAAAUGAGAUUAUUGAUCGAGCAAAUGAAAAAGCUAAACUACAAGGUAUUUCCGGUAAGCAGUUGACGCCAUUUUUGCUUAGUGAAAUUGCCCAAAAGACAAUGGGGAAAUCCGUUGAUUGCAAUAUCAGUUUAGUAAAGAAUAAUGCUCGAGCUGCGGCACAAAUUGCAUUGGGGUAUCACAAGUUGGUGAGCUCGUCCAAGGACAGCACUGAACUGCAUGGAGAUGUAGCUCAUCAACCAGUAAUAGCAAACAAAGUUGAUGAGGAUAUUGACUUAUUGGUUGUGGGAUCAGUUGCAUUAGACACAAUUGGUACAAUCAUUACUCCAACAAAACUCAAAGAUUCAAACAUUGGCAAAAUCUCCAACUCCAUAGGUGGGGUUGGGUAUAACAUGGCACUAGCAAGCAGUUAUGUUUCUAAAUCUACCAAGUUUUUAACUCGUAUUGGAAACGACUUUGCUGCUGAAACAAUAAUUCAUCAAAUUGCAAAGCAAAGGGUUGUAGACACCAGGUUUACUAGAGGUUCAGGAACCAGCGCCCAGUACUCGUGUAUACAUGAUGCCAAGGGUGAUUUGAUUGUAGCUUGUGCUGAUAUGUCCAUUAUAGAAGAACCUGAUUUCCUGAGCCAAGUCAUUGAUGAGAUUGACCAAGUGCAACCGCGACUUGUUCUUUUGGAUUGCAAUUUAUCAACAGAGUCAAUAAGUAACAUAAUUGAACGUUUCCAAAGCGAAACGGGAAACGGUCCAGAUUUCAUUAUUGAACCUACAUCAUACAUCAAAGCCAAGAGGUUGGCUGGAAUGAAAUUGGCCACGUUCCCGCACAAUGUAGUAAAGCUAGUGACACCAACAAUUGAAGAGCUAAACACCAUGUAUGAAUCUUUGGAAAAAAGCGGACAGUUUGACCUUGAUCAUUGGUUCCCCAUACUUGAUGCAAUGAACAUCAAUGCGUCAAUGAGGGACAAAUUGAUCAAACUUGAUGCUGAAUUGUUUGCAAAAGGGGUGUUUCAACAAUGUUUUCAUCUAUUACCAUUUUUCCAAAACCUUUUGGUCAAAUUGGGUCAACGUGGAGUCAUGUUGUUCAGUUUGGUGACAAACCACAAGGACUUAAAAAGUAUCCCCACGACAUCACAGUAUAAACCCACAGCAACAAUCGUCAAUGAUGUUGAUAGCAAAUUGGGGGUGGUGGUGGAGUACUUUGACAUUCCAGCUCAAAAUAAGAAUCUUUCAGUCGUCAAUGUGACUGGUGCUGGUGAUACAAUGGUGGGGUAUUUGGCGGCAAAAUUGGCCAACAGUGUGGAUGGGAAUUGGCUAAAUUGUGAAAUAAAGUCGUGUGAGCAAGUAUGGAUGAAAUGGGAAUGUAUAUAUAAGGCACAACUGGCUAGCGGGUUGACUUUGAUGAGUGAGAAAUCGGUUAGUGAAGAGAUAUCAAAAUUGUGA